AUGGCAACCUGCGACCUUGAUGAUGAAGCCUUCGCCACUUACAAGAAGUUCAAGAUGGCCAAGAACCCAAAGCCAUCUGCUUUGAUCUUGAGAGUUGACAAGCCAACUCAAAAGAUCGUUGUUGACCAGCACCUCGAGGAUAUCUCUUUGGAGCAGUUGCAGGAUGAGUUGUCCACCUCAUCGCCAAGAUACAUUAUCUAUGUCUACAAGUACACUCAUCAAGAUGCUCGUGUCUCAUUCCCAAUUGUGUUCAUCUAUUACAUGCCCAAGGGUAUCUCACCAGCUUUGGCCAUGACCUACGCCAACAACAAGGAGAAGCUCUUCACCAAGCUCGAGUUGGGCAAGUCAUUCGACGCAGAGACACCAAGCACCCUGACCGAAGAAUGGUUGAAGGAGAAGUUGGCCUUCUUCAAAUAA